UUGUUUUUCAAUAAUAUGCAAUUGGUAAAUAUGCAUAAAAAAAUGUACCGGCUAUUAUGCUUUCUAAUGAAACCAGACAACUACACAAGAACAAAUAUCUUCUUUGUAGAUAAUAAUUAGGACUCUAUGAUCGUCCCUUAUAAAUUCCUCUCUUGAAACCUCCUACUGAAACUUAAAAACUGCUACAGCCAUGAAUUCAUCUAUGCUUGCUGUUCCUCUUGUUCUUCAAAUUUUCAUCGCUCUAUUUUCCUCAAAUCCUGGAGUAGCAGCUAACUCAAAACUCUUUCGAGAAUAUAUAGGAGCAGAGGGAAAAGGUGUUACCUUUUCAGAUGUACCCAUCAAUCAAGAAGUAGAUUUUCACUUUAUCCUCUCCUUCGCUAUUGACUACACAAACUCUUCUUCCCAUCCUUCCUCCACCAAUGGUGAUUUCAGGGUUUACUGGGAUAGAGAAAACCUCAGCGCUUCUCAUGUUUCCUCUAUCAAAACCCGUCAUCCGAAUGUCAAGGUAGCUAUGAGUCUUGGGGGCGAUACAAUAAAUGAUAAGCAUGUAUUCUUCAGUCCUAAAACAAUCAAUUCCUGGGUUAGAAAUGCCUUUCAUUCCCUAACAGAGAUAUCAAAACAGUAUCAUUUGGAUGGGAUAGAUAUCGACUAUGAACACUUCCAUGCAGAUCCUGACACAUUUGCUGAGUGCAUUGGACAGCUUCUUUUGUUCCUAAAACAAAACGGGGUGGCGUCGUUUGCAUCAAUAGCACCUUAUAAUGAUGACUCCGUGCAACCGCAUUACUUGGCCUUGUGGAGGAAGUAUGGGCAUCUCAUAGACUAUGUCAACUUUCAGUUUUAUGCCUAUGAUAAUAGUACAACUAUUUCUCAAUUUCUGCAAUACUUUGAUGAACAGAACUCUAACUACAGAGGUGGUAAGGUCCUAGUAAGCUUCGGUACUGAUGGAAGCGGAGGUUUGUCUCCUGAAAAUGGAUUCUUUGAGGCUUGUCGCAGGCUGAAGUCUGACGGCAAACUUCAUGGCAUAUUUGUUUGGUCAGCGGAUGACUCCAAGAAAGAUGGUUUCCACUAUGAGAAGAGCUCACAAACCUUGUUGGCCAAAUGAAAAUGAUCUCACACAUA